AUGGCUUUCCGGCGAGAUAGAGACGACGUCGUCAACGGCGGCAGCGCUUUCCACGAUGCAGGAAGAGGUCUCCUGCGCAUGGCAGGGGGCUGGGGCAACGUAUCGGGUCCUGGUAUCUUCAUGAUAAGGACGAUAACGACGGGCACGCUGAAUGCGGUGACCUUUGGGAUCGUCGGUGGCUUCGUCGGAAACUUGAUCUUUGGUGUUGCGAGCUUGCCGUUUUUGUUCGCGAGUUGUUUUGGGUUUGUGUUUGGUGCUGUUGGGUUUUAUAACGACUCUGUGCGAAGGUCGUUGAUCAGCUUGGAACGAUAUCCUCGAUUAUUGCAGCUGCAUCUAGACGAAAACUAUCCCUGGCACGGCUUCCAAAACUACACCCAGCAACAGCUACGCCGAGACUUCUUCCAGAGAAGCUGGAUCUUAAGAGGCAUGUUGGUCUGCUCAUGGUUGACUGCUCAACCAGCUCUGGAUCAAAUCAACGAACAAAGAGAGCAACAAGUCGUGGAAGAUCGAGUCCAACCACCAACCUCCACCUCCGAAAGCGACUUCGCGCACAAAGAGGCAAUCUCCAAACAACACCCUUGA